UGUCCUACAGUUACGGGUAGCCGCAGGCAGGUCCGAAGUCACCCAGAGCUAGUCAGUCUGCCCCGGGCUAGUGAGUGUAUGUGUUGUGUGUACGGUGACUACAGUGAGUGACAUGGUGUACUACAACCCCGUCAUGUAUGGUCAACACCCCGGGUGGUACCAAUCUCCCCAGCAGCAGUACCUCAGCUGUAUGAUGGAGGCUGCAGAGCAUCAGUGGCCCCAACAUCACCCGUGGCCGAUAAAACACGAGAUGUCCAGCGGCGGCAGUGACUUCUCUAGCCCAAGCCCUGCUUUCAGUCCCGUCUUGCCGAACAUCCCCGGUCUCUCUUACACUCCUACUGUGCCUCAGAGUACUCCCAGCCCGCGUCCUUCCUUCUCUCAACCUCCCCGACAGACGCAGAGCCCGUACAGUUGGCUGAAGGAGCCAAGCUACAAAACUCAGCCAAAUAACCCAGGAAAGACGCGGACGAAAGACAAGUAUCGGGUAGUGUACACAGAUCACCAGCGCCUGGAGCUGGAGAAGGAGUUCCACUACAGUCGCUACAUCACCAUCAGACGCAAGGCGGAGCUGGCCACCAACCUCGGACUUUCCGAGCGCCAGGUUAAAAUCUGGUUCCAGAACAGACGAGCUAAGGAACGCAAGCAGCUCAAGAAGCGAGAAGAACUCCUCCACAAGGAGAAGAUGCAGCAGCUCGCCAUGUUGUGAAUUCUGUCCUCCCGCGUGGUGGUUAUUGUUUAUAGUGUAAUUUUUUAUUUAACUUUUUUAUUAUAAUUAUUAGUCACUAUUCUGUAAAUAAAACUUAGUUUUGUACAGUUCCUUGUUAUAUAAAUGUAUGUUUAAGGUAUUCAUAAUGUAUUGUUGCUUAUUAAUUAAUGACAUUUGUGAAAAAACGUGUUUUGUUCCAAGACAUGUAGACUGUAGAUUUAUCACUUAUACAGUUGACUGUAGCUAACAAUCCCGUAAUCAUGCUGACCAAAAGAAGUUUUGUCGUGAUUGCCAAAUAAAUGUAGAGUUUUAUUAAUAAAUUCUAUAUUAAUGUGCUUUAUUAAGUAAGAAUUUUGAUUAAGUUUUAAAAUGUAUAAAUAUUUGAAAUGGCUAACGAACGUAUUGUAUUGACAUUCAAUUUGCAAUUGUGAUGUUUAGGUUUUACUUGUAUUUUUAGUACUAUUUUCUCUAAUAGUACGCCUAUGUAGUUAUAUUUAAAUUCGUUACUGGACAAACUAAAUUAUUUAACAUUUAAGUACUAAUUAACUAAUUAUUCAAACAUAUGCAUAGUGUUUAUGUACUAUGUUAUCUUGUAUUUGAAAUAUUGUACUUAAAAGUUCUUGUGAGUAUAUUAAUUUUAUUUUAUUUUGUUCUAUUUUACAUUUACAGCAGUAGUAAGAAUAUGUGUUGCUUACGAAUGAAGAUUAUUGUCGUACGUUGUGGAAAGUCACAAGUAUAUUGAGGUGACAUUUUUGUUAUUUGAUGUCUUAAAAGUUAUACAUUUUGUUCAUAGAUUUAAAUUUACACGUGAUUUCAUUUUUAUUGAAUUCAGUUUCUUUCUUUCAUUGACAUGUGCGACAAUUAAACUCGCUGAAAUUGUAUUUUCACUUUUGACAAAUUGAGCUGUUGAUAAAAUUAGCCAAUAUUAUAUUCUAAACUAAAAUAUGUAUUUUGAAACCAGUUUAACGUUUACAUUUUUGUACAGUGAUUGUUUAGCACAUACCCUAACAUGAAUGUUUCAUACACAAUGUUAUCACGGACUUUAGCGAGCUGUAAAAUUAUUGUGCCUUGUUAGAAGUGUUUGCUUCUUUAGUUUAUUUAUUACUUCAAUUGUAGAAUAGUUUUUUUUGUAAAUAAUUCGGAGUACUACCUUCAUGUUAAUAGUUGUAUCAAAUACAUUUGUAAAAAAGAUAUUAAAACAACACUUAAAUACACAAUACAACUAAUCAAUUUACUGAUA